AUUUCUCUUAGCCGAUGCCACCUGGAUUUCUCGAUCGGGAUUUUCUUGGGUCCCGAAUUCUUCCCCCUUGUUUUCAGAGUUUAAUAGAUUGUCUUCUCUUUGAAUGUUUCUUGAUGUCAAGGAACUGAAGCUAUGUCCGUCUACAAGAAAUGCAGUGGGAAUUGUGGCAAGGGCAGAUCUCCUGGUUUUGCGCCUGUCACCAAGUUUGUACGUUCCAUACCUGUGCUGCGUGGGUUAUUUCUAGGUACAUUUCUGUAUGUGAAGUUCUUAGUUGUGUGGGCCUUGGUGCUGUUGGCUGACUUCAUUCUGGAGUUUCGCUUCGAGUACCUGUGGCCCUUUUGGCUUUUGCUUCGUAGCGUAUACGACUCUUUUAAAUACCAAGGGCUGGCUUUCUCAGUGUUCUUUGUUUUCAUUGCAUUCACUUCCGACAUGAUUUGUUUUCUUUUUAUCCCAGUUCAUUGGCUGUUUUUUGCAGCGAGCACAUAUGUUUGGGUGCAGUAUGUGUGGCACACAGAGAGGGGAAUCUGUCUUCCUACCAUCUCUCUAUGGUUACUUUUUGUAUAUAUUGAAGCUUCAGUGCGGCUCAAAGAACUUAAAAAUUUGCCAUUUCACUUAGAUCUUUGUAGACCAUUUGCAGCUCACUGCAUAGGUUAUCCAGUCGUUACUCUUGGAUUUGGUUUCAAAAGUUACGUUGGAUAUCGAAUGAGGCUUAGAAAGCAGAAAGAAGUUGCCAAAGAAAAUGAAUUUUACAUGCAAUUAUUACAACAAGCAUUGCCUGCAGAAGCACCAAGCAUAGCAAGCGUAUGCUUACAGGAGAAGGAAAAAGCUUCCAAAGUAGCAGAGGAAGUAAUCUCUAAUGGUCACUGCGUCACAGCAAAUCACGGCCAUGGGAGAAAAAGCAUUUGUAGUGGAAGCAGCAUCAGCAACAGUCAGAAUAGUUCAAAUAGUCAGAACAGUUUGACGCCGCUGUCGCCUGCAAGUAGUGCAGACAGCAAAAGCACAUCUUACACAGAACUGGACUCUAGGGAGUCGCGGAAACAUAACAAUUCUUCAGUUGUUGUGGAUAAACAUGAUUAUCAGUAUAUGGAAACACAGCUCGCAAAGCAGACUAACAGUGUUAAUGACUUUGAUGACAGUGAUGAGAGCUGUGAACGUGAUAAAGCAGUUUUCAAGAGCAACGGCGUUGCAUGCCUUGCGACGACUGGUUCGUCCCAAGGCAGAGGCAAAUGGAAUCAUAAUAGUGUGAAAGACAAUCUCUCCACAACUCUUCACACUGGAAAUUCCAAGAGGAAUCGAAAUUCUUCAAAAGAGAUUACUACGAAUAAUUUUAGCUCUCAGAAGGAUGAUCACACAUUCAGGCUAGAAGCUGACAUAAAAAGGCUGAAAGCUGAUCUGCAAUCCAGCAGGCAGUGUGAACAGGACCUCAGAAGUCAGAUACAUAGCAUAUCUGUAGGAGAACGUUCUAUAAAAAAUGAGCUUCUUCAGCUACAGCAAGAUAAUGAAAGUUUACAACACAAGCUUCACAAUUUAGUGACAGCGCGGCAGCAAGACAAGCAAACUAUCUCUUCUCUGGAGAAACGUGUACAGGAAGAAAGGAAGAUGCGUACGUUGUAUGAAAAUCAGCUUGCAGCAGAAAGGAAAGCUAAGAAAGCAGAAGAAGCGGCAGCUGCCCGAGCUGUAGCAAUGGCAACUGCGAGGACGGAAUGCUCAGAAAAUUGCAAGUCUCGUAGGAGAGAUCUGGAAAAUGAUAUGAAACAGCUGCGUCGUGAUUUGAAAAUGCGAGACGAAAAAAUUCAGCAGAUGGAACGACAGGCACAGUCUUUGUCCUCUUACCAAGAGAACAUUGGUAGCACACAAGCUUUGGUUUCUGCACUAAAUGCAAUGGAGGAGAAAAAUGCGCGCCUCGAAAACAGCCUCAGUGCGGAGACCAGAUUAAAACUCGACCUGUUCUCGGCAUUGGGAGAAGCUAAACGUCAGUUAGAAAUUGCACAAACAUUGCUGGCACAGAAGGACAAAGAGAUUGAUGAACUGAAAUCAAAGAUUGCGGAGGUGAUGGCAGUGAUGCCGGUCACUUCCAGUCCUAACUGUUAUCCUUCAAACCCACCUGCCAUCAGCCUGUCCUCUGGAAUUGUGUCAUCCUUACUGUAUUCACCUAAAUACAUGGGUGAGGAGAAAGUCGCCAAAUCUAAUCUGGAUCCCAACGCUUCCGUGUACACCCCGAAGGUCUCUCGCCUGACGUCGGAAUCCGAAAUAUGAUCAGAUAACGAAAUUGUGUUUUUUCAGGAGGAAGGGAGAAACUGGUGCAGAAGAAGAAAAAAUUUUUCAUUCUCUUCCUGAUGUUUUUUUUCCUCCUCUGUGGCUAUUGUACUUCAUUUCAGCAAAAUCGAAAACAGACUCAACAUCUUGGAAGAAUGCAAAAUCUUAAUGUUUUACGGACAUUUUAAAAAUUUGUUUUUUUGAACUUUUUUCAGACAUUGUGUGUAGUUCAUUAUGUGACAUGCAGCUUUUUUGCAGUCUUUGAUUUCUUUUUAAAUCACUGUGAUUACAGUAUAACUAAAAAAAAGUACGCCGCUCGAGUACUUGGUUGGCGUUCCCACGAGACCACCCAAUGUAUAUUUGAUUUUGUGGUGUAACAUUAACAAAUUUGAAUGCACUUUUGUUCAGAUUUUCUAUGCCAUAAGUUCAUAUAAGUUCCUUUUUCAGAGUGGAAAAGAAAGUUAACUGCACCAGUUCAGUGGAAACAACAUAUUAAUAAGAAAUGCCCAGUGAAAUAAUUUGUCUUUGACAAAUUAUGCAAACUUUGAUUUGGCUUUCUAAAAAUGCGUUUUUUAAAAUACAUUUCUUACCUAGAUUAGUAGGGAGAAACCCAGUGAUAUAAGCACACGAACUAGUCUUAAUUUUUUUUAACUGCGUUCUCUAAUUUGCACAAUAUUUUUGUAACCUUUUUUGGUUUUGUUAUUUUAAUUAAUUGAACUUAAAGAUGAAAGAUCUGUUCAUCCUGUAAUUAUUUCACUGGGUGAUCUGUUUGCAUGUGUGUACGUAGCACAUUUUAUGUAAUUGCUCAGUGAAUAAAUACUGAAAAAGCAUUAAGAGCCUUUUUAAUUGGAAAGCAGGGCCAAACGUGCCCCCAGCAUUUUCCCUUUAUAUCAUGGACACAUGGGUGGUCCUUGCUUUUUUUAUUUGUUUGUUUGAAGUUUAAACCCUUUUCACACCCUUUCACAUCUGUCAUUUGCCAUCUGUAUUUGUCAUUUGAUUUUAUUUUCGCAGCGGAUACUGCGAAAAAUGCAGGAUGAAGAAGACGAGAGCUUUUCAGUUGAUGUACCAAUUGCAGUGGAAUUCAUUAGACAUGAAUGUAUGGAUAAUUAAAAGAAAGUCUUUCAUUGAAACUGAA